AUGAAACAGUAAAAAAAGUUAGUACUUCAUUUCGAUUUGAAUAAAACUAUAGUUUUAGCUGAUUCUCAUUACCCAAACUAAACUAAGGAAGAAUGUGUAUAGUAUUUAAUUUAAUAAAAAGUUAUAAGAAAUAUUGGUAGGAUAUGCCUGGGGUAAAUUAGAAUAGAGAGAUGAGAAAUCCCCAAUUCUAUGGAAAUUAUUAACAAAUAACUUUACUCCAAUAAGACCUACAGAGGAUAUGAUAUCUUACAAAGAAUAUAUUUGUCAAUAAUUUCCAUUGAAAUCUGAAGGUGAUCCUGAAGAUAUUAAAGAAUAUAAUGCUAGUGCAAUGUAUUAGUUUAUUUACAUAUAUAUAGAGAACAACGUAAAUAAUUAUAUUUUUAAUUUGUAAAAUUGGGUUAACCAUGUAUGAAACUGAAGCCAGAAUAUGAUAGGAUUGUUAAAUUGAUUGUAAAAUAUUAUAUGUUAAUCUAUAGACCUUACCAAAAGCAGUUAUUGAAGAGCUAAAAUAAUAAAUUGAAGAAUUUGGUUAAAUGAAUGAAGAAGAUGUAAAAUAGAGAAAUCUAAAUUAAUUAUUAAAUGAUAAGGAUAUGCUUAAUAAUUUAUUUUAGGAUAAUAAAUACUAAUUGUUACCUACAUUUUAUAAGACUAUAAUUAAUCUAAAGAAAUAAAAAAGAGAAUUUGCUAUAGUGUUUCGUCCUUUUGGGCAAGAUCCAAAAAACAUACUAAGAGAAUUCAAUAAAUUCUGUAUAGGAGAACAUCCUUGUUUUAGUGGUAGAAAUAACACACCAAUUGUAAAAUUUGAUGGUUCAAAGGGAACUAAAAAUUAUAUUAUAUAAGAAAAAUAAUGUGCAUUAGUUUAUAGAUUAUAGAAUUAAUUAGUUGCAGGAAGUUUGAGAAGAACUGAUAAAUAAUAAUUAGAGGAUGGAUAUGAAAAGGAAAUAGAAGAAGAAUAAGUGUAAAUUUAUAAUGUUGCAUAAAUGUUAUUAAAGAUAUCAGAGUCUUUAAAAGAGAGUUGUGCACUUUGUUAUGUAGAUGAUUAUAAAUUUUAUGAAUAAGAACCUAAUGAAAAUAAUGCCAAACAAUUAUAUGUUGAUUAAUAGGAUGCAGAUACUUUACAUAUAUUUUUUGAUGAUGGUAUCUAAGAGUAAGUAUAUAAUAUAUUUAGAAAUGAAAAUAAUUUGGUUUAGGUUAUUGAUUGUGUAACAUUAGAACCUAUAAAUAGGAAGAAAUGCUUGAACAAGUAUUUAGUACAUGUAGAUAUCUUGGAUGUAAUUAAAGAUCCAGAUUAUUUUAUUAAAUAAAUAGAUAUUUGUGAAAGAAAUAGAAAUGAAGAAAUUGAAAGGAUAGAAAAAGGAAUACCUGAAGAAUAAGCUGAAUUACCAAAGAAAACUGAAUGGGAACUCUUAGAAGAGAGUUCGGAUGCUGAUUAUUUAAGAAAAACUAUUCUUCCAUUACUUUUACCAGCAUUGCAACUUCUUGAUAUUGAAAGACCAAAAGAUCCACUUGAGUUUAUUGCUAUGUUUUGUUUGAAAAAUAAGGAAUUAGUUAAGAUACCUCAACCUCCUGAUUAAUAAGAAUGA